GUCCGGCGUCUUGUCCGGUUUCUUUAGUUACUUUCAUUUUCCCUCUUUCCUACUCAGGUCCUUCGCUUCAUUUUCCUUCACUUUGCCGUUUCUCUUUUGGAGCUAUGAAGGUAGUGAGUUGGAACUGUCAGGGAUUAGGGCCUGCCUUGACAGUACGCAAUUUGCGAGACCUGUGCUUCAAGUAUCAACCUGAUUUGGUCUUUCUUUGUGAAACUAAGCAACAAACACCACUACUUGAGAAGCAUCAAAGGCGGCUAGGCUUUGAUCAUGGGGAAUAUUGUCCACCACGGGGGAGAGCUGGCGGUCUAGCGUUGUGGUGGAGAAAAGAGCUUCAGGUGCAGGUAUCAGUUAAAAAUGAACAUUUAUUUGAUGGAUCGUGCCUAGAACCCAACUGUCCUAUCCCUUGGCAUUUUUCCUUCAUUUAUGGUUGCCCAGUGCAAGGAGAGCGAGCUCGAUUUUGGGUUGAUUGUCAAAGUCUAAGAAGAGAUAAUGGAAUCCCUUGGCUCGUUAUGGGGGAUUUAAAUGCUUUGCUGAGCUACGCCGAUAGAAGGGGGAAGGGUCCAAUCUCGGUAUCCUCCUUCUCUUGCUUGGAGCAAUUUAUGGAGAGUUGUGAGUUGCAGGAAAUUGGAUUUAGGGGCAAUCCUUAUACCUGGACUAAUAGCAGAUCAGGUCCUGCAAAUGUCCAACAUCGUCUUGAUAGAGCCUUGGCGAACUCAGACUGGGUCCGGUGUUACCCUCACGCGCAAAUUCUUCAUGAGCUUAAGAUCGGAUCAGACCAUAGCCCAUUGAUUUUGUGCUCUAACGCUUUCCCCAAGCCCCCUCGGAAGUUGUUUCGUUUUGAAUUGAAGUGGACCCUGGAGAAUGGUUAUCAAGAGUGCAUCCAGAAUGGUUGGCAGGUGCAUAUUACGGGUUCAGAGCAGUAUAAGGUAAUGGGUAAAUUGAAGAAUUGUCGUGCUGAUCUGCUCUCUUGGAGCAAGAAGUUAAGGGGCAAUCCCCAGGGGGAAAUUAAAUUUUUGCGUGAGCAGUUAGACUUUAUGCAGAAUCAGGAACCAAAUGAUGCUAAUAUGUUGCACCAAAAAAUGCUAAUUCAGAAAUUGAAUGAUUUGUGGGCAAAGGAAGAGGCUUAUUGGUUCCAACGGUCGCGAGUGAAUUGGAUAAAACAUGGGGAUAGAAAUUCAAGCUUCUUCCACUGCACAGCCUCCAGGAGGCGAAAUAGAAAUCAAAUCUUUCAGCUCCAGAAUGAUGCAGGGCAAUUAUUGCAGAGCGAGGAAGAGAUUUCAACAUAUGUUUUUCGAAGCCUGAGCUUUCAAUUCCAAGCUUGCCCUACAACUGCUGAUAUGGAUAUUGUGUUUUCUUUCCCUCCAGUGAUCACAUCCGAAAUGAAUAACUCUCUUUGCGCAGACAUCACACUGGAGGAGGUUAAAGUUGCUACUUUCCAAUUAGGAGCCUUUAAAGCACCAGGUCCGGAUGGGUUCCCUGGAGUUUUCUACCAGAAACAUUGGGACUUGGUUGGUGGUGAUGUUCAUAAAGCUAUCUCAAGAUUCUGGGAUACGGGUUUUCUGCUGAAGGAGUUCAAUAAAACGAAUAUCAUUCUCAUACCAAAGGUCAAAAAUCCUCAAACCCUCUCUCAAUAUCGCCCUAUAUCUUUAUGCAAUUUUAUUUCUAAAGUUAUCUCCAGGAUAAUGGUGAAUAGAUUGCAGCCUUUUCUUUCUCAAAUAAUUUCUCCAGAGCAAUCUGCUUUUGUGCCUGGUAGAAUGAUCCAGGACAAUCUAGUUGUUGCGCAUGAGGCAUUCCACGGUUUUGCUCAUAGAUGUUAUUCUCAAGAUGCCUACAUGGCACUUAAAUUAGACAUCCAUAAAGCAUAUGAUACGGUGGACUGGCUAUUUUUGGAGCAAGUGCUCAGGGCGAUGGGUUUCCAUGAUUGGUGGGUUGCUAGAGUAAUGGAGUUUGUUCGAUCAACCUCAUAUUCAAUUCUAAUCAAUGGUAAACCCACUAAAACCUUUUUCCCUGGGAGAGGGCUUCGACAAGGAGAUCCCCUGUCCCCAUACUUAUAUCUGCUUGUGGUAGAUGUUUUGUCUAAACUUGUAUCUCGUGCAGCUAAGCUUGGUUUCACUCCCUCUUGGAUUUGGAGAAGUCUCUUACAAGGACGAGAUGUUCUAAAAUUGGGGCUGCGGUGGAACAUUGGUAAUGGUCAAAAUGUGUUCCUUUGGGGUCACAAAUGGAUACCUACCAAGCAGGGAUUUCAGGUUUCAACCCCCCAACCACAACAUGGCUACAACGUCAGGGUAUGUAAUUUGCUAACCCCCACUUUCGGGUGGGAUUUGCAGAAGCUUAAUCUUCUUUUAUGCCCUGAAGAUGUGAAGGAUAUAGUACAAGUUCCAGCUGGCCCAUCUCCAGACAAAUUAAUAUGGCAUUUUACAAGGACUGGGGAGUUCACAGUUCGUUCUGCUUAUCACCUUGCAAGGACGAAUGGUUUUGGAUUGUUUCCAUUAACUAAUUUCCAGGUCAGUCCUUUUCCCUCCUUUUUGAAAUCUAUAUGGAAGUUGGUUGUCCCCCCCAAGGUAAAACUUUUCUUGUGGAAAGUUCUCACUAAUGCUCUACCUGUUAAGGCAAAUCUUUUUCAUAAGGGCAUAGUGGAGAGCCCUGUUUGUGGUCUUUGUGGUGGGGAUGAGGAGUCUAUUACCCAUAUGCUAUUCACUUGUCAAUACGCUGCUCGAACUUGGUUUGUCUCUCGGCUUGCCUUUCAUCCUACUAUUUCAUCUAUUUCUGAGAUGGUUAAUUGGUGGAGUUUUGUUUCCUCCCAAUGGGAUAAAUGUAUUCCAAAUAUAAUGGAAGAAACCACUUGCUUGUUCUGGUAUAUAUGGAAAAACAGGAAUCUAGGCAUUUUUCAAGGCCAAGCAAUGCCACCGCAACUGGUUGUUCAGAAGGCCAUAUUUCUAGCAGACGAGUUUUGUAGAGUUAAUGGUAAAGACCCCCUUAUUCCACCAGUGCUACAACUUCGGGAUGGAUUAGAGGAUAAAUUACAACGGUGGAGUCCACCACCCGAAGAUGUUGUUAAAUGUAAUACUGAUGCAGCUGUGGAUGUUAAAAAUGGUGUUGCAGGUCUAGCUGUGGUCUGUCGCAACAGUAGGGGUUCUCUUGUUGAUGGUUUGGCCUUCAAACAAUCAAUUAGUUCUGUUUUAAUGGCUGAAACUCUCGCAUUAAGAGCUGCAGUAGGCUGGGCAGCUAGGAAUGGCCUCAAAGACAUCAUUUUUGAAUCUGACAGCAAAGAGCUUGUGCAAGCUAUUAACAAAAAGGUUCAUUUGCCUUGGCAAAUAGAGCCAUUGGUGCUAUCCGUGUGGGAGCUGUGCAAGUCUUUCUCCUUUUAAUCGCUGUGGUUUUGCUACGACGAAUUCGUCAUGAGCGGUGAAUUUGAAGAUCGACUCCGAGACGAACCUUCCUUCUUCGACAGCUUCCACUUCUCGUCGAAAUAGAAGUUCGGCUGUGCGGUCGCAGUUGUAGCCAGCGCGGUAGCCAUGGAAUUGAUUCUCAGGGUAAAAACGGAAAACAGACUUGAAGCAAAGAGAGAAAAACUUGAACAGAACAGAACAGAACAGAGGGGCAUUGAGUUGUUGAGCUGAAUUCACUGAAGAAGCUGGAGAGUGAGGGUGGGUUUGGGGUAAUAUUUGAUUUAAUUUUGCAGGAGUAGUAGUAGGUUUAGGGUUUUGAAUUUGAAAAGGAAAUGAAAAGAGAAACGAAGAUAACUUGUGAUUUUUGGGGAACUUGAUUGAAACUGGAACAGAGAGAACAAAAUUUUCAUGUGGGCCCCACUAAAAAAAGAAACUGAGAAGAUGACUAUUUGAUGUGUACAAAAUGCCACGGUGUCAAAAAUGUCAUUGCUGGAUUUACACGUCAUUAAAAAUUAAAAAAAGCCGGUGAUUUUGUGGCAUUUUAACGAGCCACCUGGCAUUUAACUGACGGAAGGACCAUUUUGGUACCAAAAAUGAAAGUUCAAGGAUAAU